AUGAGGGUGCUGAGGGAUCGGCAAGACUGCAUCCGCGCCGCGCAGAGCUACCGACCCACAGCUCAACACAGCUUGGACUCUUCAUCACUGGGGAAGCUCUGGGACGAAUGGCAGAUCCAGUGCCUAAUGCUUGUAAGCUUUGGCCUACAAGUGUUUCUCUUCUUGGCAGCAGGCAUGCGGAGGCGCAGUACGUCAUGCAAACUCACGUCACUGCUAUGGCUGGUCUACUUAUCAGCCGACUCCGUGGCCAUCUUUGUGCUGGGGCAUCUGGCUCUGCAUACCAACGGACCGCAACACCAACUUCUCUUCUUCUGGGCGCCGUUUGUGCUCCUCCACCUGGGCGGGCAGGAUACCAUGACUGCCUUCUCCAUGCAGGACAACGAUCUAUGGAGGCGCCACCUCUUGGGGCUGGUCACCCAAGUUGCUGCAGCUGGCUACGUCGUCUCCAGGACUAGUUGGCCGGAUAGGCGCCUCCUGUAUGCCAUGGUGCUCAUGUUUGUCUGUGGGUGCCUUAAGUAUGCUGAACGUACCUUGUGCCUUUACAGAGGCAGCCCAACAAGGAUCAAUCAGUAUUCAUCGGAUCAUUUGAGAUAUUAUGCGUAUAAUACUGAAUUGGCGGUCCUUAGUUCUCAUGUUCAUCGGGAUAAGUUGGCCCAAAGAUUUAAGGACAUGGUUAAUCCCGAUUCGACAAGAUUUGGAGUAAGCGAGUAUUCGCUGGUAUCAGAUACUCCAACCAAUGAUGAGCUUAUUUCUGAAAUUGAAGAACAGUAUAUACUAAGCUUACUCCAAGGGUUGAAAUCCAAUGAAGACUGCUACAGAGUAUAUAAUUAUGUCAGUGCAGAACUCGUUCAUAAUUAUGAACGCCUCUACACCAAGGCACCGAUUCGUACUCUUUACAUAGAAUUUCUAUCUGACAAAUUAUCGGACGGACCUGACCACGAGAAUUGGUCUUCAUUCCUGUGUGAUAUAUUUGUCCGUUCUGUUGGUUUUCUACUCUGCACGUUGCUCCUUCUCUUUCCAUUACUUUCAGUCUCGACAGCGCUGGUGUUAUUCAAGGUUGUUGAAAAGGGCCAACUGCACAGCCGAGCUGAUGUCACCGUGUCCUACAUAUUGCUGAUAGGGGCCAUAAUCUUGGAGGUGGCAUCUCUCUUCAUGUCUAUUCUACCCUGUGUGUCCAGCACGGAUAUAUUUCAGUGUGCAACAAACCAAUGGUCCGAAAUGCUUGGGCAGUACAACAUGACCACAAGUCUCACCAGACAUCAAGAUACUACAUGCAUCAUGUCGUUUGUGCACCAAAGGAUUGGAAAAUAUCUAGUAGAUGACAGUAUAUCCCACAUCCCCAUUACCCAAGAGCUCAAGAAGUUUGUCCUAGACAAACUGUUGGCCUUUGGAACCAGGGAACAAGACUGGAACUUUGCAAGCACCCACGGUAAAUUAGCACUUGGGAAAUGGAUGGACAGACAUCCACAAUGGAGGGACAGACAUACAGAUUCAGUUUCCGCAAGGCUAGAAACACCUCUAAACUCGGUCAUCAAUGAUUUGGAUCUCCCAACAAGCGUCCUCAUCUUGCACAUUGCAACAGAUGUAUUAUACUUUCAAGACAACAAGAGCAUCAGUUCUGAUCGGAAAACAAUGAGGAAGAUGAGCACAGAGCUAUCAAAUUAUAUCAUGUAUCUUGUCUUCAAGUGUCGUGUGAUGCUUACACCCAGCACAGAGAUCCUGCACGACAAAGCCCACACGGAAAUGAAGUUUGUUUUACCAAAGCAUCUUCAUCUGGGUGAGAAGGAAGCUAUCAUGGAGGCAUUUGAAGCUAACAGAGAAGGCCAGGGUACUCCCAGGGAACAAGCAACUCAGAUGCAACUUCUCAAGAACUCGUUGAAAGCUAUCACUUCUCAGUUAUUGCCUAGUGCAUUUGACGUGGCCCAGGAGCUCAUUGAUAUCCACAGAGCCGAAGGUGACUGCUGGGACCUUGUCAGCGCAGUGUGGGUGGAAAUGCUUUACUACAUCGCGCCUCGUUGUGGAGGUGCUUUCCAUUCCCGGCAACUUACCACAGGUGGUGAGUUCAUCACACACGUCUUCUGCCUCAUGCAACAAUUAGGCCCUUUUCUACCACCUCCAAGUGCAUAG